GUCAGCCAGUUGACCGGUGAAGUCAGCGCUGUAGGGAAGAUUGGCGAUGAUCCGCUUUCGGCUUUGCCAGGAGGGUCAGGGCCAUCACCGUUAGAGCUCAUUGCAUUUGCAGUGGCACAGAGAGAAAGAGAGAGAGCGGGUAGUGCGUAGUAAUCUAUGGAUGACACCCGCGCUUUAUUCCAUCAGAUAGUGCUCGGUGAGCCCGUUGUCAGGCGGUACAGGCAGAGAAUGUGACAGUAAUGGAGGGAGGUACGGCCCAGAUCUCCUGCCGCCUGCAGAAUUACGAUGGAUCAAUUGUGGUCAUCCAGAAUCCCCGCCGGCAGACCCUCUUCUUCAACGGCACACGAGCUCUGAAAGACGAUCGUUUCCAGAUGGUGCUUUUCACACCACGGCUGGUGCGCAUCACGUUAACCAACGUCAGUGUCAUGGAUGAAGGCGGCUACUUCUGCCAGCUCUACACGGAUGCCACACACCACCAGGUGGCCACGCUCUCUGUCUUGGUUCCCCCAGAGACGCCCACGGUGGAGGUGAAGCAGGAAGCCGUGGAGGGCGGUGAGGUGGAGCUGACCUGUGUGUCACCACGCAGCAAGCCGGCCGCCACCCUGCGCUGGAUGCGCAAUGGCCGGGAGAUACCAGGCGUGGUAUCCCAGCAGGAGAACGCAAAGACGUUCAGCGUGUCCAGCACCAUCCAGAUCCCAGUAGAAAGGAAAGACAAUGGGGCAGCACUGAGCUGCGAGGCAUUCCACCCAGCCCUGGGUGGCCAGAAGAGACUUCGACACUACCGCCUGGAUGUAUAUUUUGCACCUACAGUGAGAAUUGUUCCUCCCUCUGGCAUUUUGCGAGAGGGCGACUCGCUCAGCCUGACCUGCUCCGUGACUGGGAACCCUCUGCCCAGGAACAUUCAGUGGUCGAAGAUCAAUGACACCUUACCUGAGAGAGCAGAGAUUUCUGGCCCCACCUUUCAGAUUUCCCGUCUCAGCCAAUCACACAACGGGACAUACUUGUGCCAGGCCCAGAACGAUUAUGGACGAGCCGCUGAUCAUUACACCCUAUUGGUCUAUGAUAAUGUGUCACUCACUACCACGGUCCCUCCCACUCCUACCACCCAACUUAUCACCUCCCAUCCCUCCACCCCAACCCUCCUAACACCCAGCUUCGCCCCAGACAUGAAAGAUCCUGGUGCAGUGGUAGAGACUCACAGCGCAGUACCUUUUGCAGUGAUAGGUGGCGUUCUGGCAUUGCUGGUUUUCACCGUCAUCUGUGUCCUCAUUGUCACCAUCUGGUGCUCCGUCCGACAGAAAGGUUCCUAUCUUACCCAUGAGGCCAGUGGGUUGGAUGAACAUGGUGAGGUGCAGGAAGCCUUCCUCAAUGGCAACGACGCCAGCCAGGGCAAGAAGGAGUACCUACUGUAGCCCUUCUCCUUUCCUACCCCUUUCUCUUCUGACCUCAUCCCCCUAUCCCCACCUCUUCCCAUCUCCCACCUUAUACAGUAUACACACACACACACGCACACUCUAUACAACACGCCAUAACAGACGGCCUUCUCAAAACGACUGUAUACAGUUAUUGCACACAGCCAAUCCAUCCCGCUCCAUUCCACUCCAUAUCCUCCAUACACACACACAGAAACAGCCUGAGAAAGAGAGCCUAUAGACCCACCAGCCAUUAACGACUGUGCCAUAUACUGUAAGUCGGAGAAACUAGGGAAAAUGGAGAGGGGUGGAGGGAAAGAAGGGGGUGAGGUGAAUGUAGACAAAAAAUAAAUGAUGCCAUAAUUAUUUUGAUCAAGAGGAAAGUGGGGAGCACAAAGAAAACCGACACUCUGCCCGUGCAGCCGCCAAAGUGGAAAAGGAAUUAUAGGCAGAUGACUGCUAUAAUUCCAUGCCUAGAAAAAACCAUCCAUUUCACAAAGCUCAAUUUUAAGUGACGAAGACAGUGGGAGCAAUGUGUGGGG